UCAAAACCAUUGAGACAUACACAGUGUAAAGUUAAAGAACACUAACACUAAUUCUAUCUCAUUUGUUUUAAGUGUUAGUUGUUUUCUUUACAAAUUAAACACACACUUUACUCAUUAUAACUCUCCUGCAAACUACGUUGGUUCCCUUGAUGCUUGACACCAGACCUCUCCUUCAAUCAUUUUAGCCACUCCAGCUCCUUCAAAAUACCAGACAGCAAUUGGGUUCUCUGUGACGUCUCUCUACACUCUGUUUUUUUCUUUUAUUUUCUGGUGAGUUUUUCUUUUUGGUGGUUUUGGGGUUUCAAGAUUCUCUUUCUUCGCUAUCAAAAAAAACACCAAUUUCAUUCGUGUUGUGAUUUGUACUUUUUUUUUUUUUUUUUGUACUGGUUUCUGUCGAGCAUUUGAUCCAUGUUCAGAUAUGGAGGAAUUUUGACAAUAGUUUGAUUGCUAUUUUCGGACUAUAAUUUUUAUUUAUAUUUCUCUCUUGGAUGAAACUAUUUCUAUUUGGAAUGUCUUAAGUCUUACUUUGCUGGUUUUCAAGUAUCAGAUCACCUAGAAUUCCAGUUUUUUCUAUUCCCUGCUUUGAAAUUUUUAUUUAAAAUAUUUUAGCUACUUUUGAUUAUAUUUCAAGGGAUCUCCAAGCUUGUUUUUAGUAAAUGCCAUAUCUUGAUCGAAUUUUUUAUUAAAUUCUUGUUAAGUAUGGCUGAAAUUAGACUUCCAAGGGUAGAACAAGGUCAAACCAAGAUUAGAAAUGUUCCAAUUGCUGUGACACCUGAAGGUUUUUGGUGUUGCCCAUCUCCUGUUGUGUUUCAAAAGACCGUUAAAGCACAAAAUCCCGGAAACAAACCCAAAUCCUCCUCACCUCCUCCUAAAACUACUGCCCAAAAGAAACAAACCCAAGCCCCGGUGAUUGAGAAAAGACCAAUAUCCACUCCAUUAAGACCAGGGGUUACUUCUGAUAAUCCGCGAACUCUUAGCUCCGAUACACCUGGUAUUAGUGCAUCAAAUGCUGUUUCUGAGAGAACUCCAAGACCUAAGAUAGAACAUUUGCCUAGGAAAGUGGCAAUUGAGUUCGGUGAACCUGGAACCAGCAAUUUGAAGGUGGUUUUAUUUGGAAAGCAAGGCUUUUGCGUGAAGCUGAGUGUGCACAGGAACGUUCUUGUGGAAAAUAGCAGUUUUUUCUCUGAUAAGCUUUCCGGAGAACUAUCAGGUCUGCCUUGUCUUGAGAUUGAUGACUGUGAGGAUGUUGAAGUUUAUGUUGAAACUUUGGGACUAAUGUAUUGCAAAGACAUGAAGCAAAGGCUAAUCAAGCAAAGUGUGUCGCGUGUUCUUCGUAUCCUGAAGGUUGCUGAAACACUAGGCUUCAGCUUGUGCAUUAAGUCAUGCUUGGAAUAUCUAGAAGCGGUUCCGUGGGUUGGAGAAGAGGAAGAAGAAAAGGUUGUCUCGUCAAUCCUACGACUCCAAGGUGAGGGUGUUGGUGUCACCCCAGUAUUGAAACGAGUCUCUUCAGGAGUCUCCAAUCCACCUAAAGACACACUAUCCCACAUAGUGGAUCUAGUUCUUAAAAGCAAUGAGGAGAAAGGUCGACGGGAAAUGAAAUCCAUAGUACUGAAACUCCUUAGGGAGAACAACAGUGUUCCAAGCUAUGCUGGUUCAGCAGACAUUUGCACUGAAACUCUCUAUACAUCAUGCAGAAGUUGCUUGAAUUCACUCGUGUCUAAGUUUAGGCAAGCUACGGAACCAGAGUUUGCUGAUAAAACCAUGGACAAGAAGGAACCUGUGGUGAAGCAGAUAGCUUUAGAGGCUGAUAACCUCUCAUGGUUGCUUGAGAUUUUGGUUGAUAGGCAAGCAGCAGACGAGUUUGCUCUAAUGUGGGCUAGCCAGCAGGAAUUGGCAGCCCUACAUACAAAGAUGCCUAUUGUGUCUCGUUACCAAGUUAGCUGCAUUACAGCAAGGCUAUUUGUAGGAAUUGGAAGAGGGGAGCUGCUACCAUUAAAGGAUACUCGUCAGAUGUUGUUACAGACCUGGCUACAGCCGUUGAUCAACGACUACAGCUGGUUGCAACAUGGGUGUAGGUCAUUUGAUCGGAAGGUUGUGGAGGAAGGAAUUGGCAGGACUAUUCUUACCCUGCCUUUAGAGGACCAACAAAAUAUUCUGCUUUCUUGGUUGGGAAGUUUCUUGCAGGCGGGUGACAAUUGCCCAAAUCUUCAGAGAGCCUUUGAGGUCUGGUGGCGAAGGACUUUCAUCAGACCUUAUGGUGAUGCGCAAGGUAAUAAUGUAGUCCAAUCAGAUACCUCAAUGACAUCAAAGGAGUUGAACUAAAGAAUAACCAGUUUGGAUCACUGAGAGUUGGUAAUCAUAUGUAAAUUAAAUAGAAAAUUUGACGAUUUCAAAUAUGAUAUAGCUGAAAAGAAAAUACUUGGGAGUAUUUCUUUUUUAUCAGAGCUAACAUGGCAAAUCCCACUGGAGUUGGGAUAGUGUGUAACUCCAACACACUACCUAACUGCAAAUGUUUCUGAUGGACAUGCAGUAUAGGGUGUAUGAAACAGUUUUUGGAUUUAUGAAUUUGGAUUUGAUUGCA